AUGCCAGCUGGACUCACUCGACUACUAUCCCUUGUUCCCGGAGGACCCGGUUCUCAGGUCCUUCUCAGAUCUUCAGACUUAGGGGCGGGAGCUUCCAGUGCAAGCACCGGUCUUGACCCAUGCGUUGCUGCGACAUUCUCGGCCCCGUCGUUGCUAGGAGCGGAUUUCCUUUCCGUUCAGGCGUCUCCUGUUACCAAUUUCAGCGGGUUAGUCCCGGCAGAGUGGAGAUUCUCGCAACCUGCUGUCGAAGUACACAAUGCUUCAUUCUGCAAUAUUACGGUGUCCUACACUCACCCUGGCCACAAUGACGUUGUCAAUGUCGAGACCUGGCUUCCUUCCAAUGGCUGGAAUGGGAGACUUCAAGCUGUGGGUGGUGGCGGUUGGCGCGCUGGCCGAAUGCUUCUGAGUUAUACUACCAUGGCCGGGGCUAUCGCCGAUGGAUAUGCCACUGUGACCACGGAUUCAAGCCUCGGAGACGCGAUGGGGCCUGCGUCGUGGGCUCUGGCCAUCAUCGCCAAGCAUCUCAUUCAAAACUACUACGGAAAAGAACCUUCAUACUCGUACUGGAAUGGCUGCUCUCAAGGAGGUCGUCAAGGCGCGGCACUCGCCCAGCGGUACCCGUUCGCUUAUGACGGUAUCAUUGCAGCAGCACCAGCGGUUAAUUGGGCCGGGGUUCUCAUCAAUACUAUGUGGCCCAUAGUCUAUAUGGACGUUACUGAGCAGUAUCCCCAUCCAUGCGAGCUGCAGCAGCUCACGGCGCUGGCCGUGUCUGCUUGUGAUGGGCUUGAUGGAGUUGAGGAUGGACUCAUCGCCGACACAAAUACCUGCAAGAACAUCUUCGAUCCUUUUUCGUACGUCGGGUCAGAGUUCCACUGUUCAUUGACCGGGAAGUCAGCCAAUAUCAGUUCCACGGCAGCUGCUGUUGCGAAUGCGAUGUGGACGGGGCCUGUAACGGCCGAGAAUGAGUCAACAUAUCUAUAUGGUUUGGAGAUGGGCACCGAUCUCACAUUUGGUGCCCAAACUAGCUGUACAGAAGAUGGGAAGUGUACCAGCCUGCCAAAUGCCGCUGUAACGCUGUUACUGGCCUACUUCAUCGGCAAAGAUCCUGAGAUCAACACUACAAAAAUAUCUCUCAAUGGCCUAGAAAGAGCAUACCAUUCUUUUAGGCAACAGUAUGAUUCAUACUUAGGGACGGAUGACCCAGACCUGUCAUCUUUCCGUGACGCUGGAGGAAAGAUGAUUACAUUCCACGGCUUGGCCGAUCCGACUAUCCCACCAAACAACACCCUGAAUUAUUACAAGGAAGUUCUGGCGCAUCAAGACGACGCGCAAGACUUUUACAGAUACUUCCCUGUCCCGGGACUUGGUCACUGUUGGGGAGGCCCUGGUGGUGGGCAGCCAAUCGCUUUGUUUGACCAGCUGAGAGCCUGGGUUGAGAACGGAACAGCCCCUGAAAGCUCACCAGUGACUAUCACAAAGCCCGACAAUACUCACGAGAAUCAGAUAGUCUGCCCGUUUCCAAGGAAGGCAUUCUACAAUGAGACGAUACUUGGCAAACCCCCAGUCCCAAACCUCCACGAGAUUCCCGAGAACGCUUCACAUUCGACUUCUCGCAAGAGGAUCAGGCCGCGUGAAAUUGGGAUGCGCCAUCCAGAGUGCAAAGCCCUUAAGAACUCUUCGGGUCGCCCGACCGCCUCAGUUCCAGAUCAGCCGGCAUGA